CACACACACACACACACUGUGGUGUCAUUAGCCUUUAGACAGCUGGACUCACAGAAGAUGCCUUUUCCUAUGGAUUUCUCCUUUUUUGUGUCUCGGAUGUGUGUUAUGCUUCGGUAAACGUACACAGGUUUUGAUCGGAUCGUAGAGUGGCAUAUGAGUGCAUCGCUGGUUGAGAUGAGCUCAGAAUAAUGGAUCGAUAUAGACAUUAUCUCAUUCUCAUGUAAGUCGGACUCACUGGCCUCUAGUAGAGGAUUUGGGCUAUUUUCUCCUCAGGAGGAAGAAAAUAAGAUCAACAGUCAUAAAAUGGUUGUUUCCUAUGGGUUUUAAAAGUGGCAAUAAGCCUAGGAUCUAAAAAUACUGUAAUUCGGUUUUUAUUGCACAGAAUAUUGGUUUAAAAUGGUUUAUAGCUGAAAUACUUUCUGCGUAUUAAAGCCCCUGGACCUCCCAUUUUGGAUCAUGAAUUAUAAAAGCUAAAUAAUUACAAAAUGUAGCUGGAUCAUGUUCCUAUAACGGCCUCGGGUCUGGUGAUGCUGCAGUCUGAAAUAUUAGUCUGUGGUCAAUAAAACACAAACUGUGACUGAAUAAUGGAAAAACCCAGUAAAACACAUCAUUACUCACAACAGCUGAAAUGCUUGCACACAGUGUUGCUUCAGUGACACAACUGUCAGCCUCACAACGUACAAUGUGUAAUAUUUCAGAAUGGGGCUCAUGAAUGAGGCACAGUAUGAAGUUAUUCUGUGCUGCGCGCGGCAGCAAACGGAGGAAGGGAGCGCGUGGACGCCCGUGAGCCUGAAACGCCACGACGUCAGCGCCAAUCAGCCGGCGCGUGCAGCUGACACAGAGAAGUGGCUUGUGGGAGCUGUGGCUGUGACGCACCAGCCUCGCGCAGUAAAAGAGGGGAGUAGAGGUUGGCGAGCUGGCGCCUAACAAGGAUGGGAGCAGGAAAACUCGGGCGGACGCGCACGUGAGGCCUCGUUUGCAUGUGACGCUGCAGUUACGAAGGACACAGGAAGCGUUCACGUUCUAAUAAUGUUCCAAAGAACUGUAUCUUUGGUUGAAAUAUGUCAUGCGCUCAUUUGCUUAGACUUUUAUUUAUACAGUAGCACUGUAUUAUAGUAUUUUGUAAAUAUUGUUACCACGUUUUGUGACACACGUCCAGCACGAUGUUCAUUUUGUAAUGCUGUGGUUUGGGUCCUAAAAUAUCGAUAUGAAGGAUAAUAUAUAGACAUUUAUACAUAUUUUCCUUGAUAACUAAACAAGUUAGUGUUAUUGAGUUAGCAUUUAUUUGCUAUAUCUCUAAUCCUCAUUGUACACAAUACUUACAAUGUAAGUUCUUCAUGAAAUGCUGCAGCCAUGCUACAGUAGGACUGAGAUGCUCAGCUGGAUCUGCCCGGUCUCAGUCUCCAAAUAAAUAAAGUGGAGUUCUCAUGUUUUGUAUCAGUUACGUACUGAGCCCAUCGUUUAUUUUAAACAGGCGUAGCGGUGGAUGAACGCGUCAGUCGGCCCCUCGCACACGGACGCUUGACUGGUUGACGCCGGCCAGUGACGACAUCAGUCGCCCAUUGCUGGUGUGGUCUGCGGCGCGUUGACAGGACCCCAGAAAGUCUGAUUAGGAGCAAUUAGCUUCAAUAAGCAGCACUAACAUGGUUCUGAGUAAUGACUGUGUAAGUGCACAUCUGACAUCACGUGUGUUAGCGUGUGGGUGGGUGAGUCAUCACCAUCCAGCCCAGGUCUCUCUCUCUCUCUCUCUCUCUCUCUCUCUCUCUCUCUCCCUCUCACUCAGCUUUGCCAAAUGAAUUUGGCAGAAAGUACCUGUGUUGAGUGUGUAAACUGUAAUUAUCUGGAUAGCUAUGAAGAUUUGUUGAACCCACUGCUCCUUUAUCCAUGAAUGAAACAAUUUGCUUUAACUGCCUCAGGAGAGAUAUUGCCAAUAACGAGGUGUUGGGGGGAAUAUUUUAGAUAACAUGAAAUUCCGCUCCAAGGCAAUGGAGGGUAAUAUUCUGUUUUAAGAUAUUAAAACGUUACCUCCUGAUGGGACCGUCUCACAGGUUCCUCCUGCACCUUCCGCUGCUUUACCGUAUAUGUUGACAGCAGCCAAACCUGCACCAAAUUCCUUUGGGCAGAUUUCAGAUCUCAUUACUCGAUCUCUGCACAUCUGUCUGUGAGGAUGUGGCCUGGAGGUUAAGACCACGGCUUUGAACAGCACAGCCUAGCUGCUGUAUUCUGAUCCUCUCUGUCUGUGGUGGAUGAGGAGACGUUCGCUGUUUUACCAUCCAGGCUGGUUCACAGAUUCUAACUCUAAAGUCUGUAUCGUUCAAUCACAUUAGUCCCGUUUUAUCUCGUGAUCUUAUGACAUAUGUUUGAUCUCUCGUGUCCGUGUUCACUGCAGGACUCCUCUCUGUCCUCGUCUAGAUGGAAUCACCUGUCUGCAGACUGUCUGGCUCUGCUCAGGCUUUUAAAGUCUUACUCAGACUUAAGUUGGUCUCUGGAAGGAUCAUGUCCCAGUUAACAUCAAUGUCCAAACAGUUCUGCUGCCUGGAGUUAUUGUCCUGUUCAUUAAUUGCUGUAUCUCUCUGCCCCCCAUCUGUUAUUCUAAUGUGUAAGUGCUCAGAAACCUCCAAGUAGUUAUUGUUGUUCGGGUACAGACGGUAUCUCAUAAUACCUGUGUGCUAUUAUUCAGCACAGCCACAAUUCAGUGCCAGGACUUUUUGUCCAGUACCAUUGUUUUGAUGCCAGUGUGUCCUUUUUCUGUUCAGACCAAAUGUCGUCAUUGCCGAGCCAGAGCUCUGUUCUGGCUCCGUACCGUAUCAGCAGAUAAGAGAUGAAAAGAGGUGAGAUGGAGUAAAUUGAGUUGAGGUCAGCGCCAACUCAUUACUGCUUUUCUUCUCACUCUAAGUAUUUACAUUACAGAUAGUGUAAUGAUGAAAGAGCUGUGUCUGUAUUUAUCUACUGGUUCUUUAAACGCGGAUUUGUGAUUGUCGGGCUCCGUCUAAGUCUGGUUUCUGUCUCUUAGUCUUGUUCGGCCUCAGCUGGGAUCCAGUAAGAACAGUUGCUGGCCAGUAGGGGACUGGGUCUCGCUGCUGGGUUCAGGACUCGAGCGUCUGAGUCGUGACAAACACAGAGCUUGUGUGUUAACAUGUUGGUCUGAGCACAUGGUCACAUGCAAUGCAAUGCAAUACUAUACUAUACUAUACUAUACUAUACUAUACUAUACUAUACUAUACUAUACUGUACUGUACUGUACUGUACUGUACUGUACUGUACUGUACUGUACUGUACUGUACUGUGUUAAUCUAAAGUAUAUAUUUUGACCAAAAUCACGAUGUUUACAUUUGUGCAAAAUGCAUGAUUAUUAUGGAUCAUGGAUUAUGGAUGGAUGGAUGAUUACAGUAUUUUUAAAUUGUCUUCAUAGUAUGUCUACUGUACAUUCUUCCAAAAUGCAUGUCAGACAAACAAAAUGAUCAAAGUUAUAAAUAGUUUGUGAAAGGACAGAACAGUUUUCUGGUAACUGUCUGCACGUUUGCUAAUGCACAAUUAUACGCAAUCAUAGGUGUUAAUGUAUAUAUUUUUAAUUUUGUAAGAGAUGGCGUGAUUGAACGGGUGAGGCAGACGUGUGGCUGUGACCAGAUUAAAGUAAGGCACCUCUGAGGUUAUAUAAAGACUAACAGCUCCCCCUACAGUGUGACACAUGCUCAUGCAUAUGUUGACCUUCUCUACAAUAACACACUCAGGUGUGUGUGAGUGUGUGAACAUGCCCCUCACCUUUGUUUUUCUUAUCUAAGCCUCAGACGCCUCUCCUCAUUAGCUCAUCCCACUCAUUUGGAAUAAAACAAGUCUAAUUGAUUCACAGAAUGAAUAAAUAUGUUAGUAUUUACUUGAGAGACGUUAAUAGCGGUCCUGCUAAGACUGAGUGAUGGAGCUGUCUAAUAUUACGCUGCUCAGAAGAGCAUUAGGCUUUUAUGAUUUAGCUUCUUAUAGCCUUGAUGGACUGAACUGCAUGAACUGAACUGAGACUUUUACGUCACGUCUUGGCUGCUAUUUAUUAAGGAAAAAAUUAACAUUCAGAAACGAAGCCUACGUGAUCUUGGAGCUCGGUGCGAUUCAGCCGCACAUUCCUGUGCUCCACACAACCUCGCUCCCAACCCGCGGGGCUCACAUGAAACAUGAAUCCGCUGUAUUAGGCAGAUUAUCUCAUCUGCCAUUCAAGAUGCAAAGUCAUCUCCAGCGGAUGACAGUUGCACUGUCAGGUCGACUCAUUUUAUGCCAUCGCACUACGAAGUAUGACAGGGAGUUCAGCGCGUAGAUGCACCACACACAGACCUGGGACCAGUUAUUAAAAGGAAAUUAUUAUUCUCAAUCACUCACAGUGAAAUCACUGUAAACUCGUCUUCUUGGACCAAAUGGAGAUAUUGUUGCUGAUGCCAGGAAAUACUUUUAUGUGUGGAGCCAUUUCUAUUAAAUAAAUAAUCGAAGCAUAAAUCAAACUGUCACCUGAACUUGGGCUUCUACUUUAAAAUGACAUCUGUUGCAGAUGUCACACCCCUACAGGCCAUUAGGCCGCCAUCAGGACGUGGUGUUUAGUCUGGCUCAGCGCUAAAACUGGAGGCAGGAUGAAGACACUUGAGGAAAAACACAAAUUAGCUGCGAGUGGAGAGACGGAGUGUGAGGGAGUCAGAGGUGCAGGGAAGCAUUGAGGUGUGUGUCCUCCAAAUCCUCAUCAGCAGCACCUGAGCUUUUACUUUUAGGCUGGCAGGGAGGAGGAAGUAACGGAGAGGCAGUUCAAGACGGGACAAAUCACCCGGUUUCAGCUCAGUGUCUAGAAUAUUUAAGAUCAUUUAUUAAAUAUUUUUCUUGUUUUGUUGUUGUUUUAAAAUUCAGCGCGACUCCAGCUUCAGAAAACCAACAUUUAUGCUUGUCUUUGACUGAUCAUUGUUAGAGGUUAGUUCUCUCCAUACUAGUUGUUUUUGCCACAAUGUUCAUAGACUUUUAAUGAAUCAAUACAUUUGCUGGUGUGGAACAUCCCGUUCUGAUAAUACACAUCGCUCACUGCGAGGUCGUUAUGCACCACCUGCACUCACAGGAAACACCUGAGCAAUGGGCGUACGCGACUGUAACUGUGGCCGAACAAGUAUUUUAUGGUCCUGAGGCAAGUCUCUUUGAUCUUUGUCCUGCUGUAUCCUAGCAACCGGAUAUUUUCAAUACAUCUGAUUUUCUGUGUGCUCCGGGUCUCGUCAUCGCUGAACCGCCGGUGAAAGUUUGCAAUUGGCAGAUGCACAGGUGUGUGUGUCUGUGUGUGUGAGUGAGUGUGUGUGUGUGUGUGUGUGUGUGUGUGUGUGUGUGUGUGUGUGUGUGUGUGUGUGUGUGUGUGUGUGUGCUUUUGUGCGUGCGUGUGUGUGUGCGUGUGUGUGUGUGUGAGGGCAGAGGGAGGUCCGUGAUACAACGCAGGCGAAAGACAGCUGAGGGGAGGUUCUAGGCUGCACCGCUGAAUGGUUCAGACUGUGGCGAAGGUGAUACUACGACUAGGGUUAAAGCGAGGAGAGGCUGGAUCGUCCGCGGGACUCUAGCGAGCCGGAUCAGGAUACAGCGGUUCUGUGGAAAGUGAAUGUGAGCGAUGCAGAGGAGACACUCGGCGAGCACCAUGGGACGUCACCAGGACAAUCCUUAUCUUCCUAAACAGGCUUCCGGCACCAGCGUGGUGGUGGACAUAGCGGUGAUGGUGGAGGCCCACGGCCUGAUCUCAGACCUGCUGGCCGACCCGUCCUUGCCCCCCAACACCUGCAGCUCCCUGAAGGCUGUCAGCAGCCUCCUCAGCACCCAGAUGAACCUCCAGCCCGUGCACCGGCCUCGCGUCCCCGUGGACACGCACACCUGCUCAGACUCAGAGGAGGGCGCCGAGAAAACGGAGCGGCUCGCCAUCCCCAAGCGUCUGCGGCGCAGUCUGCCUCCGGGGCUCCUGAGGAAGAUCUCCUCCACUUGGACCACGACCACCUCGGCCACGGGCCUCCCCACCAUCGAGCCGGGCCCGGUCCUCCGGGACCGCUCGGCCAGCAUCAAGCACACCACGGACAGCGAGUCGUGGACCAACUCUCUGAUGAUGGCCGUCUCCAAGAGUCGCUCCAUGUCCGCCUCCUACGCCGUUCCCGUCGCCUCCAACCACCUCUACGGCAAACCACUGGGAAGACCAGGCAUCCCCCCUUCCAACGCGUCGCCUCUGGCUUCUCCGUGCCCGUCUCCCCCCGCCCGGGGCUCCCCCGCCUCCAGCCCCACCACAAAGACGUGUUCAGUGCAGCUUCCUGAGCCGCCCGGGCCGCCGACAGAGCGCGCGCCCGGCUCCGUGGCCCCCAAGAGCCACCACAGAGCCUUAACCCACAGCCAGAGCGCCCCCAGCUCCACCACCCCCCACUGGAGGCCUCCGUCGCUCUGCAGCAGCUGUGGCCGGCCGCUGAGCAGCCAGCUAGCCCGCGGUGUCGAGUCUGUGGACAAAGGCGGCAGGCUCCUCCAUCCAGAUGAACACGCGGUGGCGUCAUCGGACUACGACAGCACCUAUGACAGCACCUACGAGACCAACCACAGUGACAGCAGCGAUUUUGCACAGAACGAGGAGGAGGGAGAGGGCAGCAAGAAGCCGUGCGACGCCAGCGAGGUUUGCAGGCAGUGUCCACCAGAGGGCGCUGUUCUUCACCCGCUGCUGCCUUCUCCAGAGGAGAAGCCAGUCUUGGCCCAGGAGCCUCUGGUGAUGGCAGGACUGGAGCCGCUGAUGGGUCAACUCAGCAACUGGAACUUUCCCAUUUUCAGUCUGGUGGACAAGACUCUCGGCAAGACAGGCUGCAUCCUGAGCCAGGUUUCUUACAGGCUUUUCGAGGACACAGGUCUGUUCGAGACCUUCAGGAUUCCUGUACAAGAGUUCAUGAACUACUUCCAAGCUUUGGAGAACGGAUACAGAGACAUCCCCUAUCAUAACCGGAUCCAUGCCACUGACGUGCUGCACGCUGUCUGGUUCCUCACCACUCAGCCUGUGCCAGGUCUGCCCACCAUGCUGACUGAGAAUGGGAUACACGGUGACCCAGAGGACGGCCUGGCGUCUGGCGCCACAGGCCUCCUGGUGUCCAAGAUGAGCUCUGCCACGGAGGAAGGCUACGGCUCGCUGGCCGGUCUCAUCCCCGGCCUGGAGCUCAUGGCUCUGUACGUAGCUGCUGCCAUGCACGACUUCGACCACCCGGGAAGAACCAACGCCUUCCUGGUAGCUACCGGCGCACCGCAGGCGCUCCUGUACAAUGACCGAUCGGUGUUGGAAAACCACCACGCAGCUUCUGCUUGGAACCUGUUCAUGUCUCGCCCCGAAUACAACUUCCUGGUUAAUCUUGAGCACGUGGAGUUCAAGCGCUUCCGCUUCCUGGUCAUUGAAGCCAUUCUGGCCACCGAUCUCAAAAAGCACUUUGACUUCCUUGCAGAGUUCAAUGCAAAGGUGGGUGAUGAAGGCGUGUCUGGGAUUAAUUGGACCAAUGAAAACGACCGAUUGCUCGUCUGCCAGAUGUGCAUCAAACUGGCUGACGUCAACGGGCCGCUGAAGUGUAAAGAGCUGCACCUGCAGUGGACGGAGGGGAUCGUCAACGAGUUCUAUGAACAAGGCGAUGAAGAGGUCACCCUGGGCCUUCCCAUCAGCCCGUUCAUGGACCGCUCGGCUCCGCAGCUCGCCAAACUGCAGGACUCCUUCAUCACCCACAUCGUGGGGCCGCUGUGCUCCUCCUACGCGUCUGCUGCUCUCAUGCCGGGCCGCUGGGUCGAUCGCCCCGACGGGGACCCGGAUGGCGCCAAGGAGGGACGCGACACAGAGGAGGAAGAGGAGGACGUGGUCGACAUGGACGCGUCAUCGAGCUCAGAAGUCUUCCAUCACCAAGAAGCCAAAAAGCUCUGCCGGAGGAAAGUGUUUUGCCCGAUCACGCAGCACCUCGUGGAAAACCACGAAAUGUGGAAACGCGUGAUCGCCGCAGAGGCCCAGGAGGAGGAGCCCGCCCGGAUCGGCAGCCCCACGGACCCCAUCGCCUCCAUCCGCGAGGAGGAGGAGGAGCAGGCGAGCAGAGACGAGGACUCGGCCGACGGCCUGGAGGAAAGGGAGGAGGAGGAGGUCCUCCCACAGUCGGAGAGAGCGGAGGAGGAGCCGGAGUGACGGCAGCCGCGCCGGAGUCUCAGCAUCCUCUAUUUAUUUGUAUCCGAACUCGACUCUCGAUACGCUAGCCAGCACAUCACUUUGACACAACACUGUAGAAGAAGCUUUUGGGUAACAUGUGCCUAACAAAACAGGAAGUGAGGUCAGGGAUGACGCUCCGCCCAGAGACCCAUGAGCGGACGAGUGGGAGAAUCUGAGGGGGGAGAAAGAGAGCGAAUGAGUCGGCGUUUGCUUGCGUCCGGAUUCGGUGCCGGGUCCAGACCCGUCCUGCCCCGAUCCACCCAUUGGCUCCAACAGUGAGUAAUACACUGACCCCCCCCCCCCUCCCCCCGCUUCGCUGUGGAUGCGCAACAAGCCCCUUCUCCUUGAAGACAAUGGAAUGAAAGCCAGGGAAAAAGCUGUGUCCACUGAGGCCCAGUCUUCAGGGUUUCAGAAGCCAGUGGUAGUACACUCUGUAUACACACGUACACCCACUCUGUAUACACACAUACACCCACGCAGACUUCACAGACGCGCAUACACAAUGCUCCUGUAGCAACACAUUCUGUACUUAGAACUAAUAGGAAGUUUAACAAAGGAGCCCGUCGCUCUAAAAGCUUUAUUUUCGCUCAAGGCAAAACAUACGGAACAAUGUUUUGUUCAUGUCAAAUAAUGUUUGUCCUCAGUCGUAUCCAACCCCCCCACCACCACCUCCUCCUCCCCGUCUCUUUUGUUAGUCAAAGUUAAUUCAGCACAGCACACCUACACUUUUCCAGGCCAGAGAGAGAGACACAAAAGGUGCUGUGUCCUUGUCUCCUCCUCUGCCGCCGCCGGUUCCUUUCUGUGCCGCUGGAGAUGCUAUCGAUUCGCCGGCGCCCCCAGAGACGCGGGUUUCCACCACAGAACCGCGACUUGACCGGGACCGUCGACUCGUACUAACGCCGAUGUGUCUCAUCGGUGGGUUGACGGUUACUGCGCGUUGGCCGUGGUUUUGCUGUGGUUUUGCUGUGUCCGCUGAAGCCAAAGGCAGGAAUAACGAAACGCAGGCGUCAUCGUCUCGAAUGCGGCCGUUUGUAACCUUCUGUGACCGUCAGGGUUUUUUAAUCUACGCUAUGGAAAACAAUGUGUUUUUAUUUUGUGUUCUCAAAGUCAAAAUCAGGAUAGAAUAACAAAAAACCUGAGUUUUGACACAGGAUCAUUCAUGCCUGUGAUCUUUUUUUGGAGAAUAUACUUUGACAAAUGUGCAACUUUUUAACUUAAUGUGGUUAUUUAACACUGCUCCUCUGCAGUUUGGUCCUCGCUUUGCCGUCUGCGAUGACAUAACGCGUGACUUACUGUAACAGGUGGCGUCCGCUCUCUCCCUUGAUGCAGUCAGACUCAGAUUGAUGGUGAAGCGCCCUCAGCGAGAGAGACGCAGGGUUUGAGGUUUUCACCUUGACUCGUAGCUUCUUGGUGAUCUUUUUUCACAUUUCAACCGAUUAUUCUGGAUGUGAACGUUUAACGAUGAGUCACUUUGGCUGAAUUCCACAUCAUCAAAAUGCUCGACGGAGCCUAAUUGGAAAAUUCUACUCUUUCUACUGAUCAGCAGAUUGGGUUGUAGUUGGACCUGCAGCUUAACCGCAGACAUCGUCGGAGGCCUUUAAGCAGCGACGAUGUGCUAUUUUGAUGCGUCUGCCAAUUUGUAGCGACGCAGAUGCGACGUUUUCACCGGCUCCCGACGUUCACUUAAGACAGACGGCCAGAAGCGCUUUCAUUGAGAGACUCAAAUAGACGACGCUUAUGCAACGACGGCCGAACCCGACCCUCCUUGGCCCGGUUUCUUCAGGUUUUCCCAAUGUUAAUGCUGUCUAAAUCCGCAGCUGUAUCCAUUGCACUCUUAUCAAAUGCUCAUUGUGCAAGUGAGGGGCUGAGCUGUGCAACGCCGGCUUGACUGCUCAGUCCCUGCUCUUACAAAGCAGCGCAGGGGUUGAGCUCAUGUUUCAGCAAGAGAGAGAGAGAGAGAGCGCUUCUGCUGUUAAUAGCUGCCUAAAGUCCCAUUUUAUUUACUCUGCCAUUGUGGACAUUCAAAGAAGGACAAUCUUUUGUUAGUGGAGGAAUUCAAGCAGAGUUUACUCUACAAGCUAUAAUCCACCAUAAUACAUAAAUAAACCAAUCUGCCCUGAACAAAGGGUCUUUGACAAAACGAUCUAACGUUGCCUGGUAACAGAAAAAAGGAAAAGGCAGGUAAAUAACAUGUAAUCCCAGAAACAUGUGCACAAUUUACCGUUUCCCAUCGUAAACCUGACGUCUUCCAGCCUUCGCACGGUCCUGUCGCGACACAUCUACCUGCAGCGGUCCAAACGAGAGGCGAGUGGUUUUGCGUCGCCGCGGGUCGUCUGCAUCCGGCAUCGACCGGGUCUCUGAGCACCGCAGCUUCCAGGCUUAGUCUAAAAAUAACCAAAACUGUAGAAAAAAAGAACUGCAGGCCUGCAGUAAACAAGAGGCAGCGAGGCGCACAUGAAUGAGCCCGAGCCCCAUUCACUGUAAAUACACAGGGCACCACACGUUACAGCAGCGCCGGUGCCGGUUUUCAACCCCCCCCCCCACGCAUAAUAAAUCCAGGAGCGUAGAUGAUUACAUGAGAACAUGUUUGUAGCAGAAUUCAUAUAAAAGCAGGCCGGACGACAACCAGUGUACAGGGACUAACUAACCUAUGCCAACCUAUCAAAGCCAACGUCAGUGUGUUCUGCUUCAUUUAAUAAGCAGCAGGGGGUGAACUGGUGCAAACCAAAGAAGCGUUCGGAACUUUGUGGGUUUUUUUUUUUGUGAUUUGCACAAAGCGUCCACAGACCCAACUCUCCUUUCAGACACUUUGAACCAAAAACACUCUUCUUUCGUAUCGUUUGCUGUUGCGGCCAUUUUCAAACGGGGGGGGGGGCUUCUCCUGUGCCAUACGUUUGAACGUAUUCAUUGCUUUUUUGUCACAGGAAACCGAAACACACAAACGCGCCACCGCUGAGUUUUUCCUUCUCUACAGUAUCUUGCACUUAACACAUGUAGCAAUACCUACAGAAUGGGGGAAUCGUGUAUUUCACCAGUAUUUGUUGAAGUGACGUUUUAUUUCUAGACAUUGUUUGACUUUGUAUAAAAAUGUAUACUGUACAGAUUCAUAGCAUAUUAUGAUAAAAACUUUUAGAAAAAAUAUUUAUUUUUACUGUUUUGUAAUUUAGACACAAUACUGUAGCUCCUCUAUUGCCAGACUUAUUGGAAGUGCCUCUGAUAAUGUAUUACAAAGUACCUAUACAAUAUAUUGGGAUUAUUAGAACCUGUCACUAGCAGAACAGUGUUGAUGUUGUAAUGUGAAUAUUGUUGAAUAAAGGGUUUUCUAAAUGCUG